AAUAAUAACAUCAAGAGUAGAAGCCACGCGAUACGACACCUAUAUUGCUGUUUUUCAAUCACAUAGACGCUAAGGGGAAUACUUCAAAUGAGCAUUUUAUCAAAUUUUAAUGUAUACGCCUUAAUGAUUUUUCCCUUGGCGCUUAUGUGCAGCGGCCACAAGAUUAAGCUACAUAAAAUGGGUCUACUUGCAUUUUUGAUGACUGUCCUGCAGAUGGAACAAUCCAUUCUACUUUUUUCGCUAUUCCCAUCGACAUGGGAACUUACUAACCAGUUUGUUCUGCGUGAAUUUCUUUUUCCACUUAUGGAAGCAAUGUUUUUUUACUUCGUGCUUAAUAAUGGUAAAGCCAUGCAGGUGCUUGGACUUCUAGAAGUCGAUAACUCUGCUUCUACAGUAGCUACAGUAUGGUGCACAUGCUACACGGUAUUUUUUCGAUUCUUUCCAUGGUACCGUGGAAUGUCGAGAUUGGGACUUCAAAUACAGCCACAAGUUGCUGCUUUGGAAGGUUUCUUGCAGUUAAUAUCGGCGCUGAUUGUGUGCCGUCGCGUUCAGAGUUGUACUCAAUCUCUGAAAACGGCGAUAAUUUACAUGGUAUUGUCUCAUUUUGCUGGUGCAGUGGUCGUCUGUUUGCUAGUUCCAUCGUGUUGGUUGAUAAAAGAUGUUGUGCGCACCGCACUGCUAUUAGUGGGAACUGCGUUGUUUCCAAUAGAAAAUAACGAGAGUCAAAGAAACAAGUGGAAAUAAAGUAUAUAAAUAAAUCCGAUAACCGCCUGUUGUAGCCUUUAUUUCCUCCUUCUAAUAAAUUUCAACCAAACUCAAGACACGUAGUUAUGAGCAAAG